CAACGGCUUCUGUUUCCUUCUUUCGGCUCUCUGCCCAAAGAAUCCAAAACAAGUCUUUCCUUCUUUCUUGCUUUUUCUCCACUCAAUCCUUUCUUCUUCACUGUGAAAACGAGAAAAUGAAAGGAUGACGACGACGACGCCGUCUAAUCAGGUACCGCCUCCGCCGACGACCAUCAGGAAGCUGAUAGUGGAAGUCGUUGAAGCGCGAGACCUUUUGCCCAAGGAUGGUCAGGGAAGCUCCAGUGCUUACGUUAUCGUGGAUUUCGACGGGCAAAGAAAGCGGACCUCUACGAAGUGCAAGGACCUGAAUCCGGUGUGGAAUGAGGCACUGGAGUUUGUUGUGUCGGACCCGGAGAAUUUGGAUCUUGAGGAGCUUGAAUUAGAGGUUUAUAAUGAUAAGAGGUUUGGGAAUGGCAGCGGCCGGAAGAAUCAUUUCUUGGGGAGGAUCAAGAUUUAUGGGAGCCAGUUUGCGAAGAAGGGAAGUGAAGGGCUGGUUUACUUGCCUCUGGAGAAGAAGAGCGUGUUUAGUUGGAUUAGGGGUGAGAUUGGGCUCAAGAUUUACUACUAUGAUGAGUUAAUUGAGGAGCAACCUCCGCCGCCACAGACCGAGGAACCGCAGCAACAGCUGCCGCAACCAGAGGUGCAGAAGCCUCCGGCAGUUGUGGUGGUGAAGGAAGGUCAGGUUUUCGAGACACCUGUUGGAUACCCGGAGUUUCCUCAUUGUCAGGGCCAUUUUCAGCCUGAAAGUUUUCCUCCAGAAAGCUUCCAUUCACCGCCGGUUGUGGUAAUCGAGAAAUCGCCGCCUCCUGUUGUUGAUGUUCAGGCAGACCCACUUCCAACGUAUCCAAUGGAGGUCCCGCAUCUAUCAGCGGCAAUGAUUCCACCUCCUGAAGUGCAGUAUCUGCCAGAGGUGAGGAAAAUGCAGGGCAGCAGAACUGAGAGAGUCAGGAUUUUGAAGAAACCAAACGGAGAUUAUUCGCCGAGAGUAAUUAGUGGAAAAAUCGGCGGAGAAACCCCCACGGAUAGGAUUCAUCAUUACGGUUUAGUGGAGCCGAUGCAAUACUUGUUCAUCAGAAUAGAGAAGGCCCGUGGAUUGGCGCCCAAUGAGAGCCCGUUCUUGAAGAUCCGCACAUCAACCCACUCGAUGAGGUCAAAUCCGGCGAGUCACCCACCCGGCCAGCCUAACGACUCACCAGAAUGGCAUCAGGUUUUCGCGCUGAGUUACAACAAGCCUGACUCAGCAAGUCCGACUGUGGAGAUCUCUGUUUGGGACUUUCCAUCGGAGAAUUUUCUCGGUGGCGUUUGUUUUGAUCUGUCCGAUGUUCCAGUGCGGGAUCCACCGGAUAGCCCCCUGGCGCCACAAUGGUACCGACUCGAGGCCGGCGCCUAUCCGCCUUCCUGCAGAAUCACCGGUGAUCUGCAGCUUUCUGUUUGGAUCGGUACGCAAGCAGACGAAGCAUUCCCUGAGGCCUGGUGCUCCGAUGCGCCGUAUGUGGCGCAUACGCGCUCAAAAGUGUAUCAAUCGCCGAAGCUAUGGUAUUUGAGAGUGACGGUUAUUGAGGCUCAAGACAUUCACAUUGCCCCGAAUCUUCCGCCAUUGACGGCUCCCGAGAUUCGCGUGAAAGCGCAGCUAGGGUUUCAAUCUUUACGGACGAGGAGAGGAAUGAUGAACAAUCACAGCGCCUCAUUUCACUGGAACGAAGACCUGAUCUUCGUCGCCGGCGAACUUCUAGAAGAUACUCUGAUUCUGCUCGUGGAGGACCGGACAGGCAAGAGUACAAAUAUCCUCGGCCAUAUCAUGAUUCCCGUGAACUCCAUUGUGCAACGGAUAGAUGAACACUACGUAGCGUCCAAAUGGUUCGCAUUGGACGGAGGUUGCGGUGGCGCCUGCGCCGAUGGAGGAGGCCGUGGUCCACCCUAUUGCGGUAGAAUCCACCUGCGUCUCUGCUUGGAAGGCGGAUAUCACGUGCUGGACGAGGCGGCGCACGUGUGCAGCGACUUCAGGCCCACUGCAAAGCAGCUCUGGAAGCCGGCCAUCGGGAUUUUGGAGCUGGGAAUCCUCGGCGCUCGCGGGUUACUUCCGAUGAAAAGCAAAUGCGGAGGAAAGGGGUCCACAGAUGCAUACUGUGUCGCAAAAUACGGUAAAAAGUGGGUCCGCACCAGGACCAUCACUGACAGCUUUGAUCCACGUUGGAACGAGCAGUACACGUGGCAGGUCUACGACCCCUGCACUGUUCUGACUGUUGGAGUCUUUGACAACUGGCGUAUGUUUGCUGACAUGUCAGACGACAAACGAGACCAUCAUAUAGGAAAAGUACGUAUCCGCGUAUCUACGCUGGAGAGCAACAAGGUUUAUACAAAUUCAUACCCGCUUUUGGUUCUAAACAGAAGCGGGCUGAAGAAAAUGGGAGAGAUCGAGCUAGCGGUUCGGUUCGCCUGCCCGUCUUUGUUGCCGGAUACUUGCUCGGUCUACAGUCAGCCUUUGCUCCCAAGAAUGCAUUAUCUCCGACCGUUAGGGGUGGCCCAACAAGAGGCAUUGCGGGGAGCCGCCACAAUGAUGGUGGCGAAGUGGCUGGAAAGGUCGGAGCCGCCGUUGGGGCCGGAAGUGGUGCGGUACAUGUUGGAUGCUGAUUCUCACAGUUGGAGCAUGCGAAAGAGUAAAGCGAAUUGGUUUCGGAUCGUUGCGGUUCUGGCAUGGGCGGUCGGGUUGGCGAAAUGGUUAGAUGAUAUUCGGCGGUGGAGGAAUCCGGUUACUACAGUGUUAGUCCAUGUGCUUUAUCUAGUGCUUGUUUGGUAUCCGGAUUUGAUUGUACCCACCGGAUUUUUAUACGUCGUGUUGAUUGGAGUGUGGUAUUACCGGUUCAGACCCAAGAUUCCAGCAGGAAUGGAUACACGGCUAUCACAAGCAGAGACAGUCGACCUGGAUGAACUCGACGAGGAAUUUGAUUCAAUACCCAGUUCAAACCCGCCGGAUAUAAUUCGAGCCCGAUAUGACAGACUACGGAUGUUGGCUGCAAGGGUUCAAACCGUUUUGGGCGAUUUUGCAACCCAAGGAGAGAGGGUCCAAGCCUUGGUGAGCUGGAGGGACCCAAGAGCCACAAAAUUGUUCAUUGGUUGGUGCCUAGCCAUAACUUUGGUCCUUUAUGUGGUGCCACCAAAAAUGGUUGCAGUGGCACUAGGAUUUUACUAUCUUAGACACCCCAUGUUCAGAGACCCCAUGCCCCCGGCAAGCCUAAACUUUUUUCGUCGGCUUCCAAGCUUGUCAGACCGGUUAAUGUAGAGUUUGAAAAGCAGAGUAGAUUCAUUAUAUAACUAGUAAAAUUUUUAGAUUGUAAGGAUGGGAAAGGGGGAAAGGGGGAAGAGGUGAGACAUUAUCAUAGUAUUAGUACUAUCUUUUUAAUGAUUUUUGUAUUGCAAUUGUUUGACUGAGAACUUGGAAUAAGAGAAAGGGAAGUGGAGGGAAAGACAAUUUGGGGGUGGGGAAAGGAAAUUGAGUACUUGGGAUUGAAAAGGGGAGAGAUUUUCUGUAACCCUAAUGUCACCAAAAGCAUAAACAUUGACAUUGCUUUACAACAUUAUAAAACUGCUUUCACAUCCUUUACUGCUUCUUCCACUCUGUCUUCAUCUGUGUUCAUCAAUCAAUCUCUUUUCAUGGAUGAUCUCUAGAUUUCAUUUUUAUAUUUUUUGUGGGGGCAAUUGAAUCCCAAGUCAAGGAGUAUGGUUGGCAUGCAGUUCACACCAGCUUUUCCAGACGAUUUUCCAUGAAUUUGACUUUGUGGGCCAAUAUGUGGGUGGAGCUACUUGAGAGGCAAAUAAAUUUGAAAUUUUAGAUCAAUGUAGUCCAAGUAAUUUAGUUGAAAUGCUACAAUUAAGUCCCCUCAAGAACAUACAUAGAAUUUGGAAUGGUACAGACAAAAUUAGCGUGACCUCUGAAUUUGGAAAAUACAUUACUUCUAUUUGU